GACUUUCACUUCCUGGUUGUCGGGCAGCCGUUUCGGUUUAUGUCUUCUGCGGUCUUCAUGUUCUAAAGUUAAUCAUGUGAUUUGCGUGAAGGACCGAGUGCAUUAAAAGAGAAGAGCCGAGGAGCCGUGAACGCAUCUCUCCUAGUGUUGGCGUGUGUCCUUCUUCAGCUUCACGUCGACCCGCGGAACCGCAUGCGGCGUGCAGCAUCUGAUUCAAGUUGACGUUACUGCUGCAGGAAUGCAUCUGGCGGUGCUUCUCCUCGCCUCGGCGCUCCCUCUGACCACCUUGGCCCUCGACAACGGUCUGAUGCGGACCCCCCCCAUGGGCUGGUUGGCUUGGGAGCGAUUCCGCUGCGAUAUUGACUGUGACAAUGACCCGAAGAACUGCAUCAGUGAGAAUCUGUUCAUCGACAUGGCAGACAGACUCUUCAAGGACGGCUGGAAGGAGCUUGGCUACGUCUAUGUGAACAUAGAUGACUGCUGGGCGUCCAUGGAGAGAGACAAGCAGGGUCGGCUGCAGGCGGACCCAAAGAGAUUCCCAGGAGGCAUCCUUAAACUGUCACGCUACAUGCACGACAGAGGACUCAAGCUGGGGAUCUACGCGGACAUGGGCACGCACACCUGCGGGGGCUACCCUGGCACCCCACUGGACAAGAUCAAGAUCGAUGCUCAGACCUUCGCAGACUGGGAGGUGGAUAUGUUAAAGUUCGAUGGCUGUUAUUCUGACGUCAUGCAGCAGGAGGAGGGUUACCCUCUUAUGUCAAUGGCUUUGAAUGCGACGGGCCGCCCCAUUGCCUACUCCUGCAGCUGGCCCGCCUACCAGGGAGGCCUGCCACCGAAGGUGAAUUACACUCAGUUGGGUGAGAUCUGCAACCUGUGGCGUAACUAUGGCGACAUCCAGGAUUCUUGGGACAGCGUCCUGCGGAUUGUUGACUGGUUCUUCGAGAACCAGGAUAUCCUGUCAGCUGCAGCGGGACCAGGAAGGUGGAACGACCCUGACAUGCUGGUUAUCGGAGACUUUGGCCUCAGCAUCGACCAGUCCCGCUCUCAGAUGGCUCUGUGGGCGAUUAUGGCCGCUCCUCUUUACAUGUCCAAUGACCUGCGCACCAUCAGCAACGAGGCCCGCGCUAUCCUACAGAACAAAAUGGCCAUCAGCAUCAGCCAGGACGUCUCUGGCUUUCAGGGAAGACGAAUUGUAAAGGAGAAAAGUGGCAUUGAGGUGUUUUGGCGCCCCCUGUCCAAAAAUACCAGUGCCUUGGUGUUCUUCAGUCGUCGGACUGACAUGCCCUUCCGCUACAAGACUUCCCUCAGCAGACUCAACUACGAGAGCGGCAGCUACAAGGUCAUCGAUGUGUUCACUGACAAGUCUGUGAUGCUGAAAGACUCCACGUACUUCGUGGUGUCGGUGAACCCCACAGGUGUGGUUAUGUUGUAUCUCUCUGCACCUGCCAAACUGAAUCCCCGCCUAUUCUACAGAGGUGGCCAACGCCAGAGGUCUGCCCAUGAUGAAAAUGCUUUCUUCCUCUGACCGCUCACUUUAUAAACUUCAUUAGUGAACAAUCACAUCACAGUUUCUUCUUGGUUUAACCUUCUCUGUGAACCCCAAUGACUUGAAAGAUUGUGUUUGUAGGACACGGGUAGAUUGUUUCUGUGCCUCAGAUCAUACAGUACGAGCCUAACUAAAUCCUUAACUUUCAAUUAAAGGAAGGAUGAUGAAGGUCAUGCUGGUUUUUCAGAAGAAUGUUUACAUUAAAUUUUCCUUUUUUUUUGGAGAAACAUAAUUUAAAUUCUGUCAAAAUCCUUAUUGUAUCCUUAUCCUCACUGCUCAGGUUAAUUGCCGUGACUUAAAAGAACAACUCAAAUAAUGUUAAUAGGAAAUCAUUCUGUGAAUUCAUUGGAACAAAUAAGUAUAACUUUUUAACCAAGAAACAGACUGUUUCUGUAUUUAAAAAAAAAGCAUUUAGCAUCGAUUACCUGAUGAGACUGGGUUCUUGUGGUAUUUUAAAAUAAUUUUGUACAUUGAUAAACACGUUAGCCCUCCUUCUGCUAAUAGUUUACCUGGAGUUACUUUAAUCAAACAACCUGACAAUAAUUCCCCAAUAACACUGAAGUGUCCUGUUGAGUCUACAUUAAAAAAACGUGAAAGAAUCCUAAUAACUAAGUUUUCUUGUACUAAUCAUUCAUGUAUUGGAACAUUUUUCCUUGAUAAUCUGACAUUAUUCUUCAGUAACGUGACGUUAUUGUAUAUAAGGAGAGAUGCAAGAUUAAAACGCAUUUGAUCAUCAUCCAGACAGCAGCGUAUGAUGCCUAACAGCCUUUUAAGCAUGAUGUCAUUUGAAGGGUGGCUGAUUGUGUAUUUUCCUGGUAAAUAAACAAGCUGAUUUUAAACAGGAAA